AUGGCCACAUACGAAGGUCAAUUAGAUGGCUUAACAGCCGGAAUCACGUCGUCACGCAAGCCCACGAUAAUAUCCGGAGAUUUCAACGCCCGUUCAGUACAAUGGGGUUCGGAUCGCACCGAUGCGCGCGGGCAUAGGUUGCUUCGUGUCUGCGAACAGACGGGUCUAAUACCUGUAAAUAGCAAGGGAGGCCCCUCAUUCAUCAGAAAUCACCAGCAAUCGCGAAUAGAUGCAAUAGCAUGUAGUCGUACAUUAAAAUCUCGCCUAAAGAAGUCAUUUGUGUCCAGAAAAUACACCGGUUCUGAUCACAACUAUCUAGUACAUCGCUUUUCCGCAACAAGCGCCUUCGAGUCCUCCUCAAUGAAUUCCGCCUGGAAUACCCAGUAUGGCCCUCCCGACAAGGAAGCGUGGAUUUCAAUAAUUAAGAGUAAUCUGUCCCUUCCACCGGAAACUGAGCUCUGGAUUCGUGAACAACCCAUUUUCAUAUUUGAUGAUACCGCUAGUAUAGACGCCGCCAUAGCAGAACUAGAAUCGUGGUAUGCAACGGCGCGAAUAUCAAAAUCCAACAAUUCCACCAGAAAGCGAAGAUACGUGACCUGGUGGAGCAAGGAAAUAUCGAAACUAAGAUUGAACGCCGCGAGAUCGCAAGCAAAAUGGCGGCGUACCGCCACCCGUAUGUCGAACAACAGUAGCAAUAUAUUAAUCAAUCCAGGACACCCUUUACACCAAAACAUGGUAUCCGAUCGUCGCACAUUGAUCAAAGCAAUCCGCCAAGGCAAAGAUGCCUCGUGGACCGAGAUGAUAAACGAAGUAGCUCGCGAUCCAUGGGGAAAACCUUAUAAGAGAGUAAUGAACCGAUUAAAGGGAAAGACCCCACUGAUGCGUUUAAACGAAACUGAGUUCAGAUCCGCCGUGUCUCAGUUAUUCGUAACUGAUCCCCCCGUAACGCCCACAGUCGAGAUAGCCCAUUCAGCUACCACACCACCACCCACCCCCACAACCCAUAGUGCCAGGCCAGCCAGCGGGUCAAUCCGUACCCCAACCGCCCAAAGCCGAUCACUUAGUCCCCAGCCCGGCCCCAGCUGGUACAACCCAGGCCAACCCGCCUUUACAGGCUUACCCGCCCCUCAUUCAGCAAACCAACCGGAGGCAACAGCUAGUUCACGCCCUAGCCAACAAUUCGUGAGACCGUUUCCCGACGCAAUCCAAGAUCCGCGUAUACCUUUCCCAUUCAGCGCUCGCGAUGCAGCCGAAGCCCUUGGCAAGGUAUCCCGAGGGAAAGCACCCGGCCGCGACGGAAUAACCGGGGAGGCCCUUCGUCCCAUAUUGAAAUUGGCCCCUGAAUGGAUACGUGAUUUAUUUAACGCAUGCUAUCGACUAGGAUAUUUCCCAAAUUCCUGGAAGGUUGGUCGAUUGGUCCUCAUACCCAAACCUGGGAAGCCCUUUAAUUCAUAUUCAGAUCUACGUCCCCUCUGCAUGCUGUCAAAUCUCGGCAAAGGUUUUGAGUAUGCCCUACGCGAACUUCUAGAAGAGGCUGUUAAAAAUUUCGGAGAUUUAUCCCCUCAGCAAUUCGGCUUUCGCAAAAAGCGAUCAACUAUGCAAGCCAUGAAAGUAGUAAUUACCGAAUGGGACCGCGCUCGUAAUUUUGGGAAUCAUUGCCUACUGAUAUGUUUAGAUGUAAAAAACGCAUUUAAUACUGUCCGUUGA